AUGUCAGAAAGUGAUACUUACUACAUCGGCAUUGACGUGGGUACAGGUUCAGCUCGUGCUGCCAUCAUUGAUGCCAAGGGUCAGCUCAUCAGUCUGGAUGUCCAAUCUAUCAUCACACACAACCCAAGACACGACAUUUACGAGCAAUCCAGUUCAAACAUUUGGUCAAGCAUCACUGUUUGUGUACAUAACGUCAUGCAGCAAUCAAAACUUCAACCUCACCAAAUCAAGGGCAUCGGUUUCGAUGCGACAUGUUCUCUGGUUGUGCUGGACAAACAAGGAAACCCACAAUCUGUCGACCAAGCAUCAACAUUUGCAGACAAUGACUUUAACAUCAUUUUGUGGGCCGAUCAUCGUGCUAUCGAGCAAGCAAAUCGUAUUAAUGCAACACACCAUGAUGUCCUCCGUUAUGUCGGGAACACCAUCAGUCCUGAAAUGGAAAUCCCAAAGACGUUAUGGCUCAAAGAGAACAUGCCCGAGGGUUUAUGGAACUCGAUUGGGCAUUUGAUGGAUCUGCCUGAUUUUCUGACAUAUCGCGCUACUGGAUCGCUCGCUCGUUCAACUUGUUCAUUGACAUGCAAAUGUUCCUACUUGCCACGAUUGGUAGGCAAGGGUUGGGAGCCAAGCUUCUUUAAAGAAAUUGGAUUAGAAUGUUUGGUGGAUGAGGGAUUCGCAAGAAUGGGUGGCAAUGAUCAAGGAAACGUAUUAGAGGCAGGAGAUCCAGUUGGAUCUGGGCUGACAAAGGAUGCAGCUAAAGAGCUCGGUCUUCUUCCAGGCACACCUGUAGGAUCUGCUAUCAUUGACGCUUAUGCAGGUGCCAUUGCUACGCUUGGAGCAACACCGUUCGGCACAACUGAAAGAAACAGCAUGCUGGCAUCACUUGAUGAGAGUCUCAAAACCCAAGGACCUAGUCGCUUGGCCAUCAUUUGUGGUACAUCCAGUUGUCAUAUUGCCAUGUCGCCCAACCCCAUUUUUGUCAAUGGUGUGUGGGGUCCUUAUAGAUCUGUCAUGGUGGGCGAUAUGUGGUGUGCAGAAGGAGGACAAUCAUCUACUGGUCAAUUGAUUGAUUUCAUCGUCAACACACAUCCAGCAUUGGCAGAAGCACAACAGAGAUCAGCAGAAGAUAACCUGAAUAUUUACGCGUACCUAGCACAACAUUUGGCAUCGCUUCAGACCCAGCGUGGUCUGAGACAUAUACAGGAAUUGACAAAACAUCUGCACAUUUAUCCGGAUUUUCAUGGUAAUCGUUCUCCAUUAGCAGAUCCAUCUUUACGUGGCACUAUUGUAGGCGUUUCUCUUGACAAAAGCAUAGACGACUUGGCAUUACGUUAUCUGGCAACGCUGCAAGCCAUUGCAUGUCAAACACGUCAUAUUAUUGAAACACUAAACAAAAAGAGAUAUACCAUCGAUACACUUUGCAUGUCUGGUGGUUUGUGUAAAAGCCCACUAUUUGUACAAAUCUUGGCGGAUGUCACUCAAUGUCGAAUUAUUCUACCUGAAUCCAUUGAUGGUGCUGUGGUGAUUGGUGCUGCAUUUCUAGGUGCUAAAGCUUCGGGCCUAUCAACCGAUUUAUGGGACAUUAUGGUGAAAUUAGGCAGAGCUGGCUCCACUAUUCUACCUGAUAAGGAUCAACAAGUUAUGGAGAUGAAUAACCGUCGAUACAAAGUAUUUCUUGCCAUGCUGGAUGAUCAAAAAAGAUACAGAAGCAUCAUGGAUGAUUCAAACUGA